CCUCUCACGAAGGGAACUCCACGUCCUCGCUUUCGUACGCCGAAUUUCCCAGCUGGAGAAACAGGGGGAAACAUCAACAACAACAAUAACAAACAAAACGACCAAUUCGAUACCCAUUUCGCCUAAUGCGAUCGAUCUCCCUUUCGCUUCAUCUCAACAGGCAAGCAAACGACGCAGCCAUUGCUCCAUCGACAAAUUCACCCUUCUCUCCCUCCCGCCACUAUUACCACCAUAUCUGAACGACCCGUUCUCCGAGUCGGUCGAUCUGCGACCUUUCCCCCUCCCCCCCCCUUCCCUUCCUCUCUCCCUCGUCUCUCGCCCCCACGCCGCCCGAUUCUUCGGAUACCUUGAGCCGGGAGAACCACGCAACUUCGGCCCGCGUCGUCAGUCCCUGAUGAAGCCAUAGCCGAUCCUCCCCCACGAGGCCGCCUCAACACCACUGCCUAGCCCUGUCAGGGUCCCACAGGUCAACAGGUCGACAACCCAACUAAACGUCCGUUCGUUACGCCCGCUCGUCCUCUCUCCCUCCCUACCCGAUCGACCCCUCUUCGCGCUCGUUGUCAACGACGAUCCGACCCUUCAAUGCCCUGGCAGCCUCUUCCCCGGAUUGCCUUCGCCGUCGCGACAUACCCCUUUGCCGCCUCGGGCCCGGCCGACCUUCCUCUCGAACUUGGCGAUGAGCUGUACAUAAUCGAGGAGACCCCCGACGGCAACUGGCUGCGUGGCUACUUGGUCGCUCCGCCCAGUCUGCUGGCCGGGCUGACCUCCGUCAAGGGCCAAACCCUAGAGGCCCGCGUCUUCAGUGGCAUCUUUCCUCGCAGCUGCGUCGAGGUGCGUGAGGUGCUGGGCGAGACCGACGACACAGACGCCGCCAAUGAUGCCGCUAGCGAAGGCGUCGCCGGCGACGUGCAGCUCGGGAGCGACUCGGGCAAGAGCGGCUUGACUCCCACUGCCCCCGAGACGCCCAGGACAACAGACGGCCACAAGUCGCUAGGGAGCUCGAGAGGCUCAAAGGGUUCCCGGUUCGAGAUCAAGGGCCGCAGGCCCCUCAGGGAACUCCCCAAUGGCACACAGGGUCGCCUUUCCAUCCCCGUCAAGCGCGAUCCCGACGCACCUCGCCCUGCCGCGCCCGUACCGAUGCUCAAGAUUGGCGACGAGACUCCCACUUCGGUCGCCGAACCCCUCAUCGACGAGAUUGCAAGCUGUCUGCGCGAAUGGCACUCGACGAAUCUGCACGGCCUCCUCCUGUCUCGGCAAUACCCCCGUCUAGACAAGCUGUCGCAACUCAUCCAGACGCUCAACCUGAGCCGACAACAAUUCCUCCACAACGUUCUCACAAGACAUGAAUACGAAAAGCUGCGCGAAAAGACUGUAUGGGACCUCGUGCGCGUCAACAAGCUUUGCGGCGGGGAAGUCAUCGUUCGCGACCCGGCAGACCGCGGACGGGUUCUGACGGGCGACGACUCGGUGGUGGAUGUUACCAAACUGCAGUCGGUCAUGAGCGUUCUGGACGAGCCUCCCCAGCCCACGAUAGAACCCACGGCUCUUCACCACCUCCUUGUCGACAUCAAGGGUUUCGCUGGCGCAUCGGCCGAGGAGACCUCGUUAGUGACCUAUUUAGUGGCCAAGCCCGCCGGGGGUCAGGCUGCCACGCUCACCGAAUGCUUCGUCAUCGACAUACCCCCCGGCGGGACUAUGGGCAGCCUGGCAAAAUCGGGCCAGACGAGGACCAUCUUUGCCGAUCUCUCUUCGCAGGACAUUGGCGACAUCCCGUCUGCGGAAACGGAGCUGUACCUCGUCAUCAAGGUCCGGUCCGGUCAACAAGUAGUCGUCAGUGGGAAGCCGGAUUCUCGCUCCGGCGCAAAGUCCCAGGGAAAUGGCCACUCCAAGGACCCCGCCAAGCCAUCGUCUGCCGGCAACAGCAAGCCUUCUAGGAGAAGUCUCAUGUGGGGAUCCAAGAAUGGUCGGUCUGCAUUUUCGAGGGGGAAUGCCACGCCGAAGCUCGAUUCGCUGACGGAGCAUCCCGAGGGCCGCCCGCCAACCCAAGAGGACGGCCAAGACAGUGCCGCCGGCCCUCCCAGCACCGCCGGAUCAAAGCCUCGUGGCUCCCUUGACGCUGGUCCCGGAUUCCUGAUGGCGGAGCGGACUGUCGGUAUCGGUGUUCUAAAACUCAACGCAGUCAUGAAGCAGGACGAAGAGAUUGAACAGGUCGUGAGCAUCUGGUCGCCGUCGCCACCGACACUCUCGACGGAGAAACAAGGUCUUCACGAAGAGUGGGAUAGUGUCGUCCGGGAUCUGAUGGACAGCAAGAGUGGCCACUACGAGAAGUCGCGCCGAACCGAGAGAGUGCAGGUGCAUCUUAAAUCAUUUAACCAUCCCGACGUUGACGAGCUAGUCAAAGUGACGCCCACUCUGCUUGCUGGCAUCCGCAAGACGAAUAAGAUGGGGUUUUCGGGGGCGCCUACCAAAGCCAGAUCGGACAUCUACGUCACCCUCGACACGGCCACGCUCUCGAAGCAAAGCCUUUUGUCUAGGUAUGCAGGGAACCCGGCCACUCUCUCCAGCACGCUGCACGGAAAUAACCUGCAGGUUACACUCGAGGUGCGGAGGACGGGCGGGGAAAAGAUUCCCAAUUGCAUUUUUUCUUCGUCCAACACGGAAGGGAUUACCACGUGGAAAUCUGUGGCGGUCGAGAAAGGGGAACACUGGAGCCAGACCGUCCGACUUGCCGUCCCGCCCGAAGAUGUCUUCUCGUCGCACAUUGUCAUGUUCUUGUCCGACAUGCCCAACACCCCCUUUGCGGUUGCCCACAUGCCGCUGUGGAACCAGGAAGCUUUCGUCAGAGACGGAGCGCAUGCCUUGCUGUUGUACAAGACGGACGAGUUUACUUCCACCGCGCAGGCCGGUCCCUCUGGCAAGGGAGGCUACCUCUCCCUGCAGUGGAGCGCCAGGGGAACCGACGAACAUUCGGCCGAGGUUACGGGCCCCCUCGCCAUCUUGCGAGUCGAUACCUACCUGUGCAGCACCCGAUUUUCCCAGGACCGCACCGUUCUGGGGUUGCUCAAGUGGAAGGAGGCGACCAAAGAGGACAUUCCCACCCUGCUGAAACACCUCAUCUUUGUGCCCGAGAUCGAGGUUGUCAAGCUUCUGAGUGACGUCCUCGAUGCGCUAUUUGGUGUGCUGGUGGAAUACUCGGGCAAUGAAGAAUACGAGGACCUCGUUUUCACGGCUCUGGUCAGAGUCCUGGGCAUCGUGCACGACAGGCGAUUCAACCUGGGCCCGCUCGUCGACCAGUACGCCGAGACGCGCUUCAACUACCCGUUUGCCACGGCGUGCCUUGUCCGCUCCUUUACCCGGUUGCUUGAGAAGCCGACAGAGCCCACUACGUCGCGCAAGCUCCGGUCUACGUUCAAGGUUGUGCGGCAUAUCCUCAAGUUUAUCACCCAUGCGCGAGGGCAGCAGCAGGCCAAGGAAGCCGGAAUCGGCAUAACGACGUCCCACUCGGCGCCCGGCUUCACCCGCGAACUGAGAAACAUCUUCAAGGCCCUGGACGCCAUGAUGCGCAACAACGUCCCCGUUCUUGUUGGCAGCCAGACCCUGGCCGUCCAGCACUUCCACACGUGGUUGCCGGAGCUGACGGGUCUCCUAUCGACGGAAGAGAUUCUCCACAUCGCCAUCGACUUCCUCGAUUCGUGCGCCGAUGUCAAGGGCAAGCUGGUGCUCUACAAGCUGGUGCUCAUCAUGAACUACUCCAAGCUGGACAUCUUUGCGCAUCCCGACCAGAAGUCAGCCCUCACCGCCAACACGGUUCGAUGGAUCGCGCCUCAUUGGGGCCACAACGAUGCAGUCACCGACUCCUGGAAGGAACAAGUCCGUCUCUGCUGCUCGGUCCUCGCCGGCCAGAUCAACAACCUCGGCGCCGAGAUCCCCGAUUACCUCCCCAAGAUCAUCGACUCGUACAUGUCCAUCGUGGCCGCCCCGGUCACGCCUCGAAACCGUCUUUCCCUUCUCUUCCCGACAUCAUACCCCUUUCCAUCCAAGCCCGCUGCCGAAGAGUGCACUUUUGACGAGGCCUUGGUAGAGCUUUCUGCGAUUCUUUCUGCCGUUUCGAAUUCGCCGAGCGGCAUGCAACUAGAACUGACGGAAGGCGACUUGACUGCAUUGCUAGAGAAUACCCUUCGCGUGCACAUGAGCAUUUUGAUGGGCGAGGCCUUCCCGCCCGAAUGGUUGAGCGUACACAUCUUCCACCACAAGUCCACCAUGAGGACGCUACAGUACUUGUCCACCAUCCUCCUCGAGUCCUUCUUACCCCAUCCCGACGAGGCCGAGAACUUCAACACGGAGCUCUGGAAGAUGUUCUUCACGACCAUGCUCAAGCUCGUCGGCAGCCCAUCCCUCGCUCUGGAGACCUUCCCCGAGCAGAAGCGCCGAGCUGUGUGGAAGAUUGCCGGCGACGUCAGAGAGCACGGCGCCGAGCUGCUCAGGCGGACAUGGGAGGCCAUUGGUUGGGAGACGAGCAGCGACGAGCGGGCGCGUUACGGCCUGUCCAAGAUGGGCGGAUACCAGGUCCAAUACGUCCCUACCCUGGUCAGCCCCAUCGUCGAGCUGUGCCUCAGUGUGCACGAAGGUUUGCGACGGAUGGCCGUCGAGGUGCUGCAGACCAUGAUUGUCAGCGAAUGGACCCUGAGCGAGGACCUGUCCGUCAUCCAGACCGAGAUGAUUGACUGCCUCGACCAAUACUUCAAGUCCAAGCCGUUGACCGAGAGCAUCUUGCAGAAGCUGUUCGUCAACGAAUUGAUGGAGAGGUUCGCGCCGCUAUCGGGCGUCGCCGACGAGCCGCUGUACGCCGCGAUCCGCGAUCUGAUGUCCACCGUCGACGAGUUCCUCAACCUCCUCGUGGCCGUUCACAGCAGCGACAACACGAGCGAGGCGUCGCAUCUCAUCAACCGCCUGCGGCUGAUGGAGUUCCUCCGGGACAUGCAGAAGGAGGAGAUCUUUAUCCGGUACGUCCAUCAGCUGGCCGCGUUCCAGGGCGAGGCGAGGAACCAUUGCGAAGCAGGCCUGGCGCUCCGGUUGCAUGCCGAACUCUACGACUGGGACCCCACGAAGCAGGUUGCGGCCUUGGACGACCCUGAGUUCCCCGUGCAGACAUCCUUCGAGCGCAAGGAGCGCAUCUACUUCGACAUGAUCAAGCACUUCGAGGAGGGUGAGGCUUGGAGCAGCGCCUUGGCCGCCUACCAGGAGCUGCGUACCCAGUACGAGACCAACGUUUUCGACUUUGCCAAACUCGCCAGGACGGAGCGCGCCGUCGCGACCAUCUACGAGACGAUUUCCAAAAGCGACAAGCUGGUGCCCAAGUACUUCAAGGUGGUCUACAAGGGGCUCGGGUUCCCCUCCAGUCUUCGCGACAAGGAGUUCGUCUACGAGGGGUCCCCGACAGAACGCGCCUCGGCCUUUACGGACCGCAUGCAGGAGCAGUACCCAUCCGCCCAGAUUGUGACUGGGGGCGAUGUCGACGACGUUGAAGGGCAAUUCCUUGUCAUUUCCUCCAUCACUCCCCAUCGCGACUUGACACACGCCGUGUUCCAGCGGGCCCGCGUCCCUCAGGUUAUCCGAGACUACCUGCUCUCAGCCCAUCCUCAGAGCUUCUCCGUGUCAUCCAAGCGCAGCACGUCCGGGCCCGUCGAGGAGCACUAUGCGGAGAAGAUGGUGUUCACCACAGCCGACCCGUUCCCAACAAUCCUCCGUCGCAGCGAAAUCGUCCACACCGAAGAGAUCAGGCUCACGGCUCGUGAGACGGGCUUGGAGCGCAUCGUCAGGAAGACGCAGGAGAUGACGGUUAUCGAAAAGCGAAUCGCCGACGGGGACGAGGAGAAUGCCCGGCUGCUAGUGGAUGCUGUGAGCGUAUCGGUGAAUCCCGUUUCCGACAACAGCGUGGUGUGCUACCGCCAGCUACUGCCAACCGCUGCGAAUGGCGACGACGACGACGAUGACGAUGAUGACGAUCAGGACGAGGAGGAGCGCGACGUCGAGCUUGACCCUCAAGACAAGGCCAUCAAGAUGGCCCUUGUGGACCACGCUAUCAUGAUCAAGCGAUGCCUAGCAACCUUCUCGAGAAGCUCGAACGAGAUCCUCAACCAAAGGCACGAGGAACUCCAACAAUACUUCGAAAGCACUUUUGCGCCCGAGAUUGCUCUCUUUGCUCCGCCGCAACCGACUCGUGACUCGGCCAACGGCUCACAGACCUGGAGACGGUCAUCACCGUCCACAGAACAGGCAUCUCCGCAACCGCAGAGCACUGCAGGCGGCGGCGGCGGCGGCGUGAGCAACGGCGUGGUCGCCGAGGAGGUCUCGACUGUUCAGCCGAUUGCCAUCCGUCAGGGCCGCGGUACACGCCUGAGCUUCCUGGGAGGCCGUAAGAAGGAAUCCUCGCCGGUGUUGCAGCAGACCAACGGCGACGCCCCGGCGGCAAGCGUCGAGGCGGAGGACGACGUCAGCCAACGCAGCAGGAGCUUCAGCAAAACCCAAGACAACCCCAACCGUCGGAGUUUCUUCCGGGCGCCGUCCACGGACGCCCCGCGGAUUCUGGGCAGUAACGAUGCCACCAGCGAGUGGGUGACGGACUCGGGCGGGCGGCAGAGCUCGGACGCCGGCAUCAACCUGACGGAAAAGGAGCGCGAGUACAGAGACGAACGGCCGGUCGAGAACGUUGGUAUCGUCAAGCGAGGCAGCGUCAGGAAGAGGUUUAGCAUGCUGAAACUGGGCAAGAAGUCUAAUAAGAGUAGCGGUGCCAUGGGGAGCGUGCACGAGGAGUAGGACUUCGCGGCGGCGGCCGAAGAGCUCGGCUACAUGAACAAGGCGACGGGCGAGUGGCAAUACCCAGUGUCGUGAGGAUCACCUGAUUAGGGGGAGAGGAGAGGAGACGAGAGGAGAGCAAGCAAGGUGAUGGUCGUCUCGAGGAAUAGGACGACGAUGUGUACAUACUUGUUCACUUGAAGUGGUCUCACUCAUGGGGAACGGGGAGGCUGUUGGCAGUGCUCAGGAUAGCUGCCGGCUAUUCCCUUUCUUUUUUAUUCCUUUUGUGUGUGUGUGUGGGUGUGUGUGCACGCGCGUAUGUGUGGUGUGGGUGGUUGAUUUGUCGGGGCGAAGGGAGAGAGGUUGGCUGGCGACGGUGUUCAGGAUAUGUAUGUGUGUGUGUUGGAUCCCCCUCCUUUCAUCUGCGUGACGGCACAGCGCGGCAGAUGCGGCUCUUUUCACUUUAGGUUCUCUUCGUGAAUAAUAAUUUCUCUCCCACCCUGUGUGUGUGGGAGGCUGGGCUACGAGGCGUCUUUUCCUUUUCCCUUCUUCCUUUAGGUGUCUUUUCUUGUCCUACCUCCCAGUUCAAUGCUGCAAUGAUGAUCGUAGGAGGGAAGGGAAAUACACAAAUAACUCUCCGUAAUCAUGUCUCAAGGCUCCUUGACCACCGGCCCAUCAUCGCCAUACACCGGAUCCCUCGAGAACCAGGCGACCCUGUCGAUGUCUCCCGCCUUGGCUUCCUCCCCCUGCCGCCCGUAGCACAUGUCCCAGUCAUGACCGCCCGGGUAGCUUCCCACCAUCUCGAAGCGGCCUCCGUCCAGGUCCUCCAGAAGACGGUGGGCGACGCCGGCGGGGACCACGAGGACGUCUCCGCCCUCGACGACGGGCUCGACGCGGUGCGGGUUGGCCUCGCCGCCGAAGCACAGGCGGGCGCGGCCGGCGCUGACGCAGAGGACCUCGUGGGUCGUGCUGUGGUAGUGGGUGGUGGUGUACAUUGUGUACCGCCACUGCGGUUCGACGACGCCGACGGAGCGGAGGUGCGCCUCGAUGGCGGACGCCGAGGAGGAGGAGGGGAAGACGCCGUGGUAGAUUAGGAGCGGCCUGUUCUGGAUGCUUGUGUUGGGUAGGAGGCCGUGGGCUGGGAUCAGGUGUCUGGAGACGCGGAGGGAGGAGAGAGGCGUGAGGGCGAGGUUGGAUGACAUCGUUUUUUCUUCUUUUGACUCGGUUGUUUGUGGAACUCUGGAUGAAAGUGUGACGGGGCUAUGGUGUU